CAAUGCGUUCCUGGCAUCUCCUCCCUACAAUUGAAUUUCAUCGCAUCUCAAUCAAAGCAAUUGCCAAUCGAAAAUGUUGUCGUCAUUCCUAAAGCCUUAUGCUGGUAGAUGCGGACUGUAUCUACAGAUAUCUGGCGGUGUCGACCCGCAACCUCAACCGCAAACCGCAAAGUUAACUUACGUUAAUGCUGUUGCCACUGUGCGUGACUCUGUCGCAUCGGUCUUGGUCGAGCAAAGUUAUCAAAAUAGCUUCAAUGAGGCGGCAGUAGAUGCCGUAUAUAUCUUUCCACUUUACGAAGGUGCCGCUGUAUGUGAUUUUGAAGUUGAAAUAGAUGGACGAAAGGCUCGAGGAGAGGUCAAGGAAAAAGAAGAGGCUAAAAAGGACUUUCAGAAGGCAGUUGAUGAAGGCAAAUUAGCAUCGUUACUAGAGAGCCAUAGCGCUGAUGUAUUCCAAACUUCAAUUGGUAACAUACCUGCUGGAAAGGUCGUAACCAUCCAUUUGAGAUACAUCUCAGAGCUCAAGGGGGAUGCUCAAGCAGAUCAGCUUCGUUUGGUCCUUCCAACAACAAUUGCACCUCGUUACAAUUCUGGAUCCAUACCACAUCCCGCAGAGGCAGGAUCGCAACCCGCGGGGACGUUGCUAAACAUAUCCGUGCGUUGUGAGAUGACAUAUCCAAUUCUCUCCGUAAAGUCUCCAUCACAUUCAAUGGAGAUCUCGCUGGGAGGAGACGAUGAGUCUCAGCCUCGAGAUCCUUGUAAAGCAGGUGCAGGAUUCAUUUCGGACACCUUUCUCAAUGGGGACUUUGUGUUUCUUGUCAAGGCCAAGGGUGUAGAUGAACCACAUUGCGUUGCCGAACCGCAUCCUACGGAAGGCACUAACGCGCUGGCGUUAACCCUGAGCCCCCGCUUCGCACUUACCGAAAUCCGCACGAGCGAACUUGUGUUUAUCAUUGAUAGAUCAGGCUCCAUGCAAGGCCGUCAAAUUGAGCAGGCCAAAACAGCUCUUCAGUUGUUUCUCCGCUCGAUCCCUCAUGGCCAUUUCUUCAACAUUGUUUCGUUUGGAUCUACUCAUACAUCGCUUUUCCCAACGUCGUACGAGUACACUGAAGAGAAUCUCGGGCUUGCACUACGAGCUGUUGGCGAUAUGCAAGCGGACAUGGGUGGCACGGAAAUAGCUAGCGCAUUAUCGACAGUAUUGAAGAAUAGGAAUAAGAAGAUGCCAACGCAGAUUUUCGUGCUCACGGAUGGAGAAGUAACAAACGUACUUGAGGUUAUUAAACAGAUCGAAUCUGCUGUUAAUGAUGCCCAAGAGAGAAAAGAGCCGUUCGUGAGAGUCUUUUCGCUCGGGGUUGGCGAUGCCGUGUCUCAUCACCUUGUUGAGGGGUUAUCGAGAGCAGGUCAAGGUUUUGCCCAAUUUGUGCUGUCAAACGAAAGAAUGGAGGAAAAAGUUGUAAAGAUGCUGAAAGCAGCACUGAUUCCUCCGAUUACAAACCUUCGCAUCUCGUGGGUUGAAGCCAAAAGUGUUGACGACGAUUUUGAAAUUAUCAACCCAAGCACGGAAGCUACUACCGUCAGCUCUGAGAAGGAAUCACAGCCAACAGUCAUCAAUCUAUUCAACCCAAACCCAAUUGCCUCCAAAUCUCCACCUCCACUUUCAAUCCCCGAUUUGAAGCGCGAUGUCCAGACAGCUCCAUUCCAAAUUCCGCCCUUGUUCCCUGGAUUCCGUUUCGUGACUUACGCUAUCUUGGCGCCAACCAUUCAGAUUCCAUCCAAAGUACUACUUACGGGCAGCACUCCAGACGGGCCAGUGGAAUUAGAGGUGCCAGUUGUUAGGCUUUCUUCCUCAGGAGACACACCCAUGGUACAUACCCUUGCUGCCCGUAAACUGAUUCAAGAUCUAGAAGAAGGCAGGAGCUGGAUUGGACCUUUCUUGGAGAAGAAAGGUUUUGUCGCGGUACCCGAUAGCAUGAUCAAGCAGGAAGUUGUCAGACUAGGUGUCCACUAUCAUCUUGCCAGCAAGCAUACGAGCUGGAUAGUUGUCGAUGAGGAAACAAAGGUCGAACGCAAGAUAGAUGUGUCUGAUAUAGUCGCUCAGCAUUGGCGAAUGAGUCCUGGCAGAAUGCGGAAGCGGGUGGCGUGUCUGGCAGCGUAUGCGCCUUCACCACCACCACCAGCAGCAGCAGCAGCAACAUCAUGGGGAGCAGCUGAACCACGUGUGGUACCGCUUGCGUCUUUACCACCACCACGACCGCCACCAGCAUCAUGCAGAGCAGCUAAACCGUUUACUGAGUCCUCCAAGGCAGACUUGCUUAGCGCUAUUCGAAGUAGCGGCGGCUCUUGCAAAUCUGGAGCCGGUUUUUCUACUGUACCCAAGGCAACCUACAUGUCAGGGUACGGCGCGAGCAACGUAACAUUUGGAUCAGUUGAACGUGGCUACCAAGAUCCGGCGGACGACAUAGGGUCCCUUCUUCGCUUCUCGCUGAGCUGUCGAGGUGGAUCAGACUCUGAGAACGAUGAGGAUUCCGAGGAGGACGAUGUGGAGUACGAGGACGUUGCAGAUGAGGUGGCUAUGGACAGUGAACCUUUGCAAUUGAGCUCCGCGAUGGCUCCCAUGUUUGGAGGAUCUGGUGCACCUGGAGGUGCUGUGGCACCAGCAUUGCCUUGCGCACCGCCGUCUUUGCAAAGUGCUCCAAAGCCAUCAUCAGACCCUCAUGCCUUACUCCAUUUGAUCACUGCCGAACAGUCGUUUGCUGGAUCCUGGCCAAAAAGCGAUCGCCUUAUCCAAAUUCUUGGCCUUACUGCUGAAGCAGUAUCCGAGGGCUUGGCAAGUCUCAAAGCCGAUAUUCCACGGAAUAUAGACGACAAUCUCUUUAGUACGGUCUACAUGACCUCUGUCGUGUUGACAUAUCUUAAAGCCCGCAUGUCUGCUCUUCAAUCUUCCUCUGUUCUGAUUGAGGAAAAGGCACAAAAGUUUAUUGCGCGGACUCUUGAUCAGCUCUUUCCUGGAGAGGGUGGUAAAUCACCAACUUUGUGGGUUGGAACUCUUGAGAAGCCUCAAACGGUGGAAGAAGCCAUUCAACUGGUAGUGGAUAAUAUUCUGAGUAAUAUGAAAUCUUAGGUAGAAACGGUACAUUUGUAGAUAAACACAGGAUAGGAAUUUUCAGUCAGGUUAGGUAUUGGAGCAGGAUAGUACAUAUGUGAAUAACUCAGAAUUUCUAUGGAACAGCUCUGCCAGAAUAUAGUCGCAUGUUUACUCGC